AACUCCCCAAGCGGAAGGUUUCAUAUCAGUCAAGUGCAAAACACUGACAAGGCUGAGAAGCUCAAACACGCAACUCCAAGCCGUAGCCUUGACAUUGCGGCCUGAAUAUUACUACGCCAUGUGGGGCUCCGCCGCGCGGGGGGCCGCGGGGCCGGCUGCAGCAGAGCAGCUCGGCCGCGGCCCAGCCUCCGCACCGCCCGCGGGCCCCGAUGCCACAAGCUUCAUCAACGGCUCGUCAAAUUAUGUACCUUUUCCUGACGUCGAGUCGGCCAGCAGCCCUCAAGCAGCGGCGUCCUCGUCCGCGGCCCCCACGGCGCCGGCCCGGGCCUCCUCGGGUCUGGCCCGAGGCAGCGGCGGUGGCCUGGAGGAGUCGCCGGCGUGGAGCCACUACCUGCGUGGCACGCAGGGCGUACUGGCGCUGGUGGUGGUGGUGCUGACGGCGUCGCAGCCCGAGGGAGGUGCUGGUGGCGGCGGCGGCGGCACGGGGUGGCGGGCGCUGCCGCCCUUCCGGUACCUGCUGGCCGUGGCAGUCAUGACGCUGGCGGCGACGCUGGGCUGCGGCGUGCUGCAGUGCCUCAACGCUGCACGCCGCAUGUCGCUGCCGGUCGGCACAGUCUUCGACUCCGUGUGGUGCCUGCUGUGUGCCACUGCCGGCAUCUCGGCGGCCGCGGCGCUGGGCCUACGCGGCCCGCUGCGCCUGGGCUGUGCGGCCGUGAGCGGCGAAGGCAACGACUGCGCCCAGCUUAAGGCGGCGACUGGCCUCAUGUUCGGAUUGGCGCUGCUGUCCGCGCUCAGCCUGGCCUACGAGGCGGCGCUUUGGCGGGCGGUGGCGGCGGAGGCGGCGACGGCGGGCGCGGCGGGCGUGCCGUCCUCCGCCCCCUUACCAUACGGUAGCACCGGCACCAGAUACGUUGGGGCCGGUGGCAGCAGCGGCGGCCGGCGGCGGCUGAAUGUGCUGUAUGCCUCAGGCAUGGCGGGACUUUUGGGGCCGAGCGGUCUGCUGAGGCGAGCUGUGGAAUACGUCACCUACCCGUCCGCAACAUCUGGCCUGCCCGAGCCCCUGGUGCCGCCGGAGGGAGUGCCUGGUGCAUCAGGCGGCGGCGCUGCUUCCCGCCCGGCUGCCAGCGCGUUCCCCACGCCUGCCGCACCUGAGGACUGGUCUGACGUCGACCUAGCAGCGGACACGGCUCGCAGGGCAGCCAGCAAGCUGGCUAGCAGCCGCACAGCGGGCGCUGCAGCCGCCGUCAAAGCGGCCCUGGGCCGCGCCCGCGGGCGCAGCAGUAGCAGCACGUCGGCAGUUGCGGCAUUGGCGCCGGGCUAUGGCCAGGCUCCUCUGCCCGUCUCGCAUAGUGCCGGGGCAGCGCUGUCAGGGGCAGGCCAGGACGCUCAGGGACCCGGCGGCAGCGACAGCGCGGCGGCAACUGCCGCAACCGCCCCUCCGUCCAGCACGAUGCAGGGUAGCGGUCGGGUGGGGGCGUUGAGUGCGGCCGCGAGCCUGACGUCGCGGUACCGGGUGAAGGAGGCGCCCUGGCUGGCGCAGUGGAUGAUGGGCCUGAGGCUGCUGCAGGUGACGCUCACUGCGGCUUGCCUGGGUGCACUCACGGGCGGCGGCCGCGUGCACCUGCCCGGCGGCGGCUACAGCAGCACCACCGCAUACCGGCUGCUGGUGGCGGCGGCGGCCCUGGGGCUGGCGACGGCGGCGGUGCUGGGCGUGUGGCAGGCGCUGCGGGCGCUCAGCUUCGACUUCUACCGGUUUGCGCGGCGGGGCACGCGAGCCUAUCUAUACUCGUGUGCUGUGGCUGAUACCGUGCUGUGGCUGCUGGUCGCCUCCGCCGCCACCGCGGCCGCCGCGGUGUCCACACUGCCGUGCGCCGUGGUGGUGGCGACGGCGCCUGCCGGCGGUGGGCCGCGCGUGGCCGUUUUCAGCCGCGUGCACGCGGGCUGCGUGCCGCGCGACCGUGCCGCUGCGGCACUGGGGCUGCUGGCGGCGCCCGUGUGGCUGGCGGCGGCGCUGCUGUCUGCAGCUGUGGCGCACGAGGCAGCCGCGAAGCGGGCGCGGCUGAGGCGCCAGAGGGCGUACAAGCGGGAGGCUGAGGUGCUGAUGACGACCACCACCAGGUACACGGGCGGAGGCGGCGGAGGCGAUGGCGCUACUGACGCCUCGAUCGAGGGGGCGGCGGGGUGGCCGGCUGGCGUGCAGGACGUGGCGGAGGCGGAGGAGGCGUAUGCGGGCAUGGCGGCGCGCGCCCACAGCGGCAGCAGCAGGGGUUGGUGGGGUACCGGCGUCGCGACGGGCCGUACCGGCCCUCUCUCGCGGGGGCUCUGGGGCUCCUCGCCUGCUUCGCCAGCGCAGGAGCCCGGCGCCGUGGCGGGCGCGAGUGGCACCGGCGGGCCGCCGGCAACCGGGCGGCGCGGCAGCGGCCUCAGCAGCAGCAGCGCCAGCGGUAGCAAAGCAGCUGACCCGGACAACCCGUACGCCACGCCACACUGCACCCACGCCGUGCCCAACCCCUUCGGCGAUGACCCCUGGGUGGUUGAGGACUCACUGCCUGGGGCCGGGGCUCUGUAUGGGGUGCGCCGGGCCGUGCGGGGGCGGGGCGGGGCGCCGGAGGGGCCGCACAGUGGCGGUCAGCCCCCGGCGGGCAGCAGCGGCGGCGUGGAGCCGGUGUUGGACGUGCGGCAGGAGCGAGGGGACAUCCACAUGCCGCCGCGUGGUGGCGGGCCCACAGCGCCCCUUUUCACACUGGAGUGACGAGUUUUUAGGCCAUUCUAAUGGGGUAGAUGCCAGUCCAAAGUAAACCGAACCCAAUGCAUAUGAGCGAGGAGGAUAGCGUGGCCUAUGCUUUGACAACGGAGUGGCACUCGACAGGGUGUAAUGACGGGCGACU